GGUGUAUGUUUCAUAAACGGUGCGUGGUUGUGUUGUGAAGGUAGUGACUGGCAUGUGUGUAAUAAGUGGAAUGAUUUGAUUUUAUUUAUAUAUGGUUUAGGGUUCCUGGUUCAUAAUUCUGGGCUUAAACAUGGAUCACACGGAAACAAAAUUUGUUCAAGAUGAGGUGGAAGGAGGUGCAGUUCAUUUGAAUUCUGCUAACAGAAUAAGGAAUAAAACCCUGCGUCGAGCGCAGGUUCGGAAAGACAAGCGCCAGAAAAACAAGUUAAAGAAAGCAGAAAGGAAAAAGAGAAAGGAUGCAGGAUUGCCAAAGAAUGUUCCAAAAACUAUUGACAAUAUGCGAGAGAAGGAUGACACGAUGUUGGUGGAUAUGGAUGAGGAGGAUCAGUUGGAAUUGAAUUUGGAAUUGGAGAGAGAUGAGCUUAGUAGCUACUUCCAGAGGACAUAUGAACCCAAAGUUCUUAUCACAUUUUCUGAUAACCCGCACCAGAAAUGCCGUAUAUUUGGACGUGAACUUACCCGUGUUAUACCUAAUUCUGUUUCUCUUUACCGAAACAGAUCAGGGGUAAAGAAAAUGGUAAAGAGUGCCAUUGAUAAAGGCUUUACUGAUAUUAUCGUCAUCAAUGAGGACAGAUACCAACCAAAUGGUAUGUUAGUUAUUCAUUUACCAGAUGGCCCUACAGCUCAUUUUCGUCUGAGUAAUGUGAAACUGACACCUGAAUUGAAGAGAAGUCACAAGGAAAUCUCAAAGCAUCGUCCUGAAGUUAUUCUCAACAAUUUUAGUACACACCUAGGUAAUACCGUUUCCCGGAUGCUGGCAGCCCUUUUCCAUUAUGAACCAGAGUUCAAGGGUCGUCGUGCUGUAACAUUCCAUAAUCAGAGAGACUACAUUUUCUUCAGACAUCACAGGUACGAAUUCACCUCUGGUGGAAAAGUGAGGUUGCGAGAAUUGGGUCCACGAUUCACGCUAAAGUUGCGAUCUCUGCAACAUGGCACUUUUGAUUCAAAAACUGGAGAUUAUGAAUGGAUCAUCACUGACAAACGUCAUGACCUGGAGACCAGUAGGCGAAGAUUUUAUUUGUGAUUUUUAAAUUGUCAAAUUGUCAUGUUGUACAGUAUCACUGUUAAUAAAUUAUUAAAUCUGGUU